UGACUCGCCUCAAAUUUCUUCAGCCUACCUUCACACCAUCACCAUGACCAAUCCAAUUGCUAUACGUUCAGCAGUUUCGGUCUCAGCCUCCCCUGGCACCGACUCCUCCAACCUGCACGAGAGGUUUGCCCAACGCCAAGAGGUGCGUGCCGGGCAGCAAGGGAUCAGGCAGUCAAAAGUCCUGCACCCCGUCGACAACGAGAAUCUUAGAAUGCUACUUCUCGAAAGCGUCAGCCAGGAAGCCGUAUCAGCAUUCAGAGUCCAGGGAUAUCACGUCGAUCAUCACACGAAAGCCAUGUCAGAGGACGAGCUCGUAGAGAAGAUAGGCGCGUACCACGCCAUCGGCAUCAGGAGUAAAACAAAAAUUACCGCACGAGUCUUGAAAGCUGCAACGAAGCUCCUCGCAAUCGGUUGCUUCUGCAUUGGUACCAACCAAGUCGAUUUGAAAGCCGCUGCAUCUGCCGGUAUCCCGGUUUUCAAUUCCCCAUUCUCAAACUCCCGUUCCGUUGCCGAGCUAGUUAUGUGCGAACUCAUCGCACUUUCCCGCCAGCUAUUUGAACGGAGUUACGAACUUCGUCAGGGCAUCUGGAAUAAGCAGUCAAAGGGAUGUUGGGAGAUACGUGGCAAGACCCUAGGGAUUAUCGGUUACGGACACAUAGGUUCUCAACUUUCCGUCCUCGCCGAAUCCUUUGGCAUGCGCGUCAAAUAUUACGACGUAGUCACUCUUAUGCCUCUAGGUAUGGCGCAACAGCUUCCCACUCUGGAGGCCCUCCUCGCAGUGUCGGACUUCGUUACUCUUCAUGUGCCCGAGGUUCCUGAAACCGUCAAUAUGAUUUCGGCUAUACGAUUGUCGCAGAUGAAGAAGGGAGCCUAUUUCCUAAACAAUGCGCGAGGGCGUGUCGUCGACAUUCCAGCCCUCGUCCAAGCCCUCAAAUCCAAUCAUCUAGCAGGAGCUGCGAUCGAUGUUUUCCCUUCAGAACCGGGGGCCAAUGGUGCUCCAUUUGACGACCAGCUCAACUCUUGGGCCAGUACUCUUCGAUCGCUUCCGAACGUCAUCCUUACCCCUCACAUUGGAGGUUCCACCGAGGAAGCACAACUUAUGAUUGGCCAGGAAGUCUCCACAGCCUUAAACCGGUAUCUAGGCUAUGGCACGACAUUGGGUGCUGUCAACUUCCCGGAGGUGGACCUUCGGCAAAUCGCUGCAGAGGAGGUUGAUCGCGUUCGUGUGUGCCAUGUACACAAAAAUCAGCCUGGUGUGUUGAGACAGGUGAACGAAGUGCUAUCACCUUAUAACGUGGAGAAGCAAUAUUCCGAUUCCAAGGGCGACAUUGCAUAUCUUAUGGCAGAUAUUGCUGACGUUAGUCCUGCGGAUGUCAACAAGCUGCAAUCUCUCAUCAGGGAAUCCAGCUCCAAUAUCUUAACGCGUCUACUGGCUUAG